CGUAUCCGUCCACCAGUGGGAUAGCCUCCCUCCUAUCCGUCCAUCAUUUUAGGCCUAGCGGGAUGUCUGUCGGGCCGCCUCGUUCCUUGUUCCCUCCCGGAUUAUUCUACCUGCGAGGCUAGGUGCUUUCCGUCCAAGAAUAAACCGUCCUAAUGGUUUCACCAUCAAGAUGACCUUCAAAAUGCCUAUAGUUACAAAGGACGAGAUGGCCUUUCGGUUCCAUCAGAACUGGCGGGAACAGAACCCUGAAGACUGCGCCGAUGACAAUGGGGCUGUUGAUGAUGGCCUCACUGACCUGAACUGGUUACAGAACCUCAACAUCAUGACAAAAAUUGGGGCUCCCACUCCUGAAACUCCUCCAGCUAGUCCAGUGCCAUCUCCUGACUCCUUCACCGCUUCAAAGACACCUUCUUGUUGCAGUGAGAGGAGCAACCUUGUCGCAAAAGCCAAAGCAAAUCUCUGCAGCAAGCCUGUAGUGGAAGACGUGGAUUACAAGUCAAACGGGAAGGUGAAGCCUCCGUAUUCAUAUGCGACUCUCAUCUGCAUGGCCAUGAAGGCCAACAAGAACAAAAUGACCCUCUCCGCAAUCUACAAAUGGAUUAAAGAGAACUUCAUGUAUUAUAGAAACGCGGAUCCUAGUUGGCAAAACUCCAUCCGCCACAACUUGUCGCUCAAUAAAUGUUUUAUUAAAAUUCCCAGAAGUAAAGACGAACCUGGGAAAGGAGGAUUUUGGAGACUGGAUCCUCAGUAUGCUGAGUCUCUAGUAGAUGGCAUAUUUAAGAAAAGAAGGCCCGCUCAGAGACAAGCAGGAGGUGGAAAUACGAAAAAAUCCAGAAGGGACAAUAAACUGAAAGGACAGUCAGAUACUUUAUCUAGGGUCCUGGAGACCUUUCAACAAGAUACACCGCCUAGUUCUGCAGGAUCUCUAUUGGCGCACACUGAAAUGGAAAUGAUGGCCGAUUUAAAGCCUCUUCCUGUAAUGUCCUCUCCAUCACACCAAGAAGUUUUCGCAUAUGCUACCACUAGUUCCAAUACCAUGUGCGACUUUCAAACCGAUCGAUUGCUUGUGCCUACGCCGCAGCGCCACCAGGUCCCUAAUAAAACCUCACCGCCAACCAUGAGCCAGCAUGACACAGAGGUGCUUCAAGUUUUGGAACCGUUACCUCAUUCUGGUAUGAAUAAUGGAGGAUUACGGGCUCCACAAAAUUCUGCCAUGAAUGGACAAAAUAAUAACGACUUGUGUUGGAAUGUUCUCGGUGAUCCCGAUCUAGAGUUGGAGAGCCUGUAUAAAUAUCGCCCAGAAGAUUCAAUUUCGUCGGUCGUAAACACAGCUCUGGCACUCAAUGAUGAUCUCUUCAGCUCAGAUGGCAGUAGCUCAGAUCUCCCUAACGAGUUAGAUCUGGUGACUACCGAUCAUUUAGACAUCGGAGGGUCAACUCAUGGCAUCUCAAACACGACAGACUGGUGGGGGUUUCAACACCCCUCUUUCGAUGUCACUGUCACACCCCUGCUCAGUAUUUCAGUACCUUUUGGUAAUACCAGUGCAUCAUCUGUCCCCACAACUAAUGCCAUGAUCGGUGGAAACAAUAAUGGAAUAUUUAUCAAUAGUUAUGUGCAACAAAAUGCUGCAUCAUACAUUGUAGAAAGGCCACCUUUGCAACAGCAGCAAGAUACACUGCAGAACCAGCCAUGGGCGGAGUGCUCUGCUCUUGAUUUGGAAGAUCUCGGUGACUUGGAUACUGUCCAUGCUUAUUGAGAAAAUUGUCGUUUCCCCUAGUAUUAUGAACCGUUCCACAAAUUCUUGCUUUCUGUGCUGUGGUUUUCAUCAUCGUCUGGAGGACCACUUUUGGCAUUUGAAUUUUGGAGGCCAAAGAUAUAUUUUCCUCUAAAGAGAGGAAACAUCAUGGAAUAUGAAAAUGCACAUAGGCUAUAAAAAACUUUAAUUUAUUUAAAACUAGUUGUCAUAUCAAUGUUACCCUAGCCUGUAAAACGUGUGUUUUUCUAAUAUGAAAGAAGAUGUUUCGACAGUUAACUAAAAUAUGGGAUAUGAACAGAAAAUGUUAAGUGACAAAAUAUCCUUUUCCUUUUUUUUUUUUUUCAAUUUGCAAUUUUUUUAACGUUUAACGUAAUUUUCAAUUAAGACAGGGGUGCACAAUAUUCUUCUACAGAUUUCAUUAAAUAAGUUUCUAUAAAAAUAAAAUUUAGAAAUCGAAAUUUUCUUAGGCAAAUUGUAUAAAAUAAACUGUUAGGUGCUGUUCCGGAAAUGCAGUAUUUUUAAAAUGAGAGGAAAAGUUUUCCAAAUAAAAAUAAAAGAAUGUCUGACGCUUCUAAUUUAGUUAUCGUCCCUCCUCUCAAUUUAUUUAGAAAAAAAUAACCGUGAUCUGGAACAGGCAAUGUGAAAUUUAGUAAAAUUAUUCUUUAAAUUCACAGCUAAAUAAAUGCUCAAAAAACCAAAUUAUUUUAAAAGGCAAAAUAUCUACACAUUAAGGACCAUUAAAUAACAAUAUUUAAGUAUUUGAAUAUAUACAAUUUUAAUAAAAAGUACACUGCAACAUACUAAUUUAGUUCGGCAGCUUUAUAUCACUUUCCAGCACUAAUGAGAGAAACCUCAGAGCCAAUGAAUUUACUUGUAUGAAAUCAUUUAUUCAAUGAUGAAUAUUAUUCAAGCAAAUUUAUUUUGAAAACAAAUUACAAAAUACCUCUGCAUCUUGUAAUCAGAGCAUCAAACAUAUUAAUUUAAAUUUUUAUUAAAAUUUCCAUUCAUAUUAGUGUGCAAAAUAGAUGAAUUAAAAUUAAUCUAUUUUGGGUACUAAUAUACAUGAAGAAUUACAGUAUUGAACUAAACUUACAGUUAAAUUGUUAUUUUAAUCAUGGACAAGAUAUCACUAGGUAGUCUAGCCUACACUACUACAGAGAACACUGGAUAUUUACUAACGUCAGAAGAUAGGAUUCUUAACUCAAUGUAACAAUUUAUGACAUUACCUAAAUUCUUAUUGAUAUAUCCAGAAUUUUCUAAUUCUGCUCGCCAAUGGCGGGCUCUAGCCGUUUAUAGGCAGGCGUUGGCCAGUACUAAGGCUCGAAGCGGUGAUAACUUUAUUACGGAUGCAACUUUAAUGGGUGGGCCACUGUUACCUCCUAUGAAGGGAAGGACAAAUUAUAUUCAUAUCUUGUACGGGAUUCGAACCCAGGCCCUUCGGUACUUCAGUCAGGAAACCACUUCCCCGUCUGGGUGACGAAUUUUCUAAUAUUCCACAAGUUAUUUAAAUAAUUUGAUUAAUCGGUAAUGGAAAGCAAGAUUUUUUAUAACUUGUACUUCGUUUAGUUUGCAAAUAAAUUCAAAUUGUGCACCCCUAGUUCAAGAAAAUACGUAAACGAGGGGGGGGGGAACAUUCAUUCUUCUUUGGUUUUUGACUAAAAAGAUAUGACAAUGUCUCCAAUUUUAUGAAAAGAAAAGGAAAAUUGCAAAGAAACAUAUAAAGAUCGUAAGCUGACAACCAAUGGAUAUUCAAAAUGAAUUUUUUCCCGUCUUUUUGACUUUUAUUUUUAAAACAUAUGAAUAUUGUCUUGUUGCUGUAUACUCUAUUUUAUAUAUUAUAUUUAAAUAUUUUACGUCUUUGUAAAUUUGUCUGCAGAUGAUUUGCCAUAAAUUUGAAAUUCUCAAAAGAGGUCUACCAGUGAUGCAAUAUGAAAAUCAUUGCUUUUUUGUGUGUACAUAACAGUAUAUAUACAUAUAUAAUACUUAUAAAUACAAGUGUAAAAUUUCCCAUUGUAAGUGAUGACUCAGUAGUAAGGCUUCCAAUGUUGUCCGACAACUACCCCUUGGCUCAGCAAUUUAUGUGUGUCUUUUUGAAUCUUUUCAGUCUUUAAUAGCUGAGAGGUGAUUUUAAUUUAAUACUUAUGAAGCACUGUCAACAAAAUUGGACAUUUCAAAAUAAAAAUUAUGAAAAGGCUCAAAUUUUGCAUUAAAUUUAAGCUGCUCUGAAAACCACCAUUCAUAUUUAAUUAAGAGUAAAACAUUGAAUUAAAUGAAAAGCACCGAUAUCUAGAACAGCAUGAAAUAAUAGUAUAUGAUGUUAGCUGCUGUUUGCUACUAAAAUUAAAAUAAUAAAUAAUUCAAUUUUAAAUCAAGAUUUUCUAUUUCCCUAACGCCUAAAAAAUCAAGUCAAUCAGAUAUUUUCUAGAUCAGUCCUUUCUCCUAACAUAUUAGCAAUUACUAACUUUAUAAAACGUAUAUGUUUUUAUUUAUAAACUACUAAACAAACGGCUCAGAAAAAAAAAAAAAGCAAGAGCAUUGAUUACAUAAUUUUUUAAUUUGUUUUCUUGGCAGUUUUGAUCGCCAAUCACCUCUCAGUCUUUUAGUGUAAUUAAGUAUCAGUAUAAUGUGAAAACAACUAAAUAAACUAUACUUUUUUCCAAACUAAUUCAUGAUUAAAAUACUCUUACCUCCAACCAAUCAAAGAUAAAAUAAAUAAUACUGUGUGAAAAAACUGCAAUAUACUCAACUUUUGAAGGAAUAGUAAAUUACAAUACUUUUAGAACUCUGAAUAGUUAUAAUGCUCAAGCUGACAAGGGAAGUAGUUGUAAUUAAUCAGUAUAGUGUUUAUAAAAAAUCUUUUACCAACUUAUGAAGUAGAGAAUACAGAACUGAAAUGCAUUGCAGGUGAAAAAGGAAUAUUUUCAAUAGGUAUAAUUCUCUCAGCACAUUUGUAAGUAUUUUCACUUGAAAUGUCAUGAAGAAAUAAAAUAGCCAUAGUUUUAAAUGUUUAGAAUGCAUUUUCCUCCCAAGAG